GCGACAUCGACGUGAGCGGGGACGUGGUCGAGUUCCAGUGCGGCGUGGAAAGCCGCGGCCCCGUGUGCGAAGGGAUUCCCACAGCUUGCGUCGGCAUGAAGAACUUCGACGUGAGCGGGGACGUGCGCAGCGACUUCACGCCGCAGCUCGGCGACACCAUGGCGCACGCUGUCGAGGAGCAGGUGGACGCAGGCGACGUGAGCUCGGAGGACGUCGAGCUCGGGUGCCCAGGCGGCCACAAGCUCACCUUGCGCCGACGACCACCUUUCGCCUCGGAGUGCGAGUGGUGCCACCGC